AUGCGACGACAAGGGCCUUGCAUGCGGCUCAAAAACGUCCGUCCCGUUUGCUCUCACGAUAACGGAAGACUUCCCAAUACGGCACUCCGCCCUCCCUGCGACAUGCCAUGGCAAGUGGAUCUCCUACAAGCCAGAAGAAGGGUCCGCAAACUCCACUCGACGAAACAUGACCAGCCAGAGUGGACCACCGUGUCCACGACCAUGUUAUGCGCAACACGGAAUCCUCCCAGCCUUAUCCGCGCGUUCUCGACCCGUAUUCUCCCCCACGUCCACUGUCCCUUUCCAGGUCGGGAAAGGAGAAAGGGCGGACAAAACGCCGAUGCAGGCCCCAGCGAGAUGCGAUGGAAUGAUGGCGAACCCAAGGCCCUCUUGGCAUGUCUCUUUUCUGCCCAGAGUUGUGGAGACCCCGCAGGCUGUUUGAUGUCUAAACGGCCCAAGGAAGGAUGCGCGCCAUGGGGGGGCUUGCUGCGUCUAGAAGCUCGCUAG